AACUGUGUAUGUUUGUGUCGCCGAGUUCGUGUUUGUAUGUGUAACGGCAGCCUUUCGAAGCCUUGGGGCCUUUGUGACAGGGAACUUGCUUCACUGUAACUUGACUGGCUCGCUGCACGAUGGACAACGCAAUCGGAGAAGUAUUAAAUAUUACAUCAUUGAAAAGUGGAAUAACAACAGUGGAGUAAAUAUGCAUAAGGCAGGGAAUAGGUGAGCUCGAGUGCACGCCACCAAUGGCGGCAUUAAGCCCAAGCUCUGUUGCUACCCUGGUUCAAGAAUUGAAAGGCACCCUUGGAAAUUCGUGGCCAGCAUUUAACACCGGUUCUGGUGACGCUGGCCGUCUUGAGGUUGACCACUACCAGAUCACUCCUCUUGACAUUGAUGAUAUGGACAUAAUGGAUACAUCGCAUAAAGUCGUCCCUUUCAAUCAGCUGGAGCAGUAUUCAGGACUGAUGGACAAUGUGGAGCUGGUAGAACAGCCACAGCAGCAAGCAGAGCCACCAAAGUAUACUAUACCAUCAGAAGCAUCAAGCUGCGGACAACUGCCUGCAACGAGUGUCUUCGAGGGCCAUUAUGGAUUUGAUGUGACUUGUUCAUCACAAACCAAAUCCACUAAAAGCGUCAGUUGGACGUAUGAUGAGGGUCGCCGGAAACUCUUUGCGAACAUGGGUGUGGUAUGCCCGUUUCGCAUCUCUGUCACCAGGACUCCACCUUCAGGCACAGUGGUGCGGGUGAUGGCAGUCUACUCGCAGCCAAAUGAUGCCAUGAAUGUGGUGAAGCGCUGCCUUGUACACAUGGCUGAAACUGACAAAGAUAACCACGACCAAAAUGCACCACCUGCACAUCUUAUCAGGUGUGUGAACCCAAGCACACAAUACCAUGAGGAUAAGACAACUGGCCGUCACAGCAUCACGGUCUUGUAUGAGAGACCUGAAGCUGAAAUGGCCUACACGGUCUACCAUCUACGCUUCAUGUGCCUGAGUUCGUGCAAUACAGGCAUGAACCGGCGUGCUGUCAAGCUUGUCUGGACCCUUGAGCAAAAUGGCAGCAUCAUUGGCAGGCAGGUAAUCGACCUCAAGGUGUGUGCCUGUCCUGGAAGGGAUCGCAAGAAUGAGGAAAAGAUGGCUGCCAGAGAGAUGAACAACAGCCUCUUGGGACUGGUGACGGGAGGUGCAGCACCCCAUCCUGUAGCCAAUCACCCUUCCCACCAACCUGUCAACACUGCGCUGAGCCAGACACGACCUCAGAAGAGAGGGUUAAUGUCUGUGGCCACUGUCAUCACUGGAGGCAUUGCGGGAGCCCCAGCAAAGAUCAGGAAGACAGAGCCAGAGUCCGAGGGGGAGUACACACUAACGUGCUCCAACAAGAAGAUCUACAAAAUUCUCAAAUUUCUUCGUGACUCAACUAUGCUGUACAGCACAAUGAACCCAACCGCCUUGAGGGGCAGUGAAGGCAGUGGAGACAGCUGUUCACCACCCGUGUCAUCUGCUCAGACUAUCAUCAAUAAGCUGGAUGCUACAGCACAUCCUGGCUGCAGUUCCACGUCUCCUACCAGUGCAGCGGCCCAGCUUGCUGGCAUGAAAGUGGAAGACAGCACUGACAUUACAUCAGGACCUGGUGCUCUUCAGUGCUGGCUUGAGAGCUUUGGCCUGCACACCUGCUUUCCCAUUCUUCUGGAGAAGGGAAUCCGUGACAUGAAUGGGUUGAAACUCAUGAACUUCAAGACACUCAAGCGACUGCGGCUCAGGGAGCAGCAGGAAACAGCCCUGAUCAAUGCCAUACGUGGCCUCAACUAUGACGAUGACGAUGAGGAGCUGUUUCCAAGUCAGGAACUGCCUGCAGCCCAGUCGCAAGGAACGCUGUCGCAGGAAAGCACAGCCGAUUUGAGCCAGCAGAGCUGCACGUCAACCAGCAGUGCUAGGCAAUACCGCGUCACUCGCAUUCGCCUUAUUCAGCCCAUUCCAGACCACGACUACUCUUAGGCCCUCACCUUUUGUUACUGUUAACAUAUUACUCUGAUGCCACUGUGUAGCCAGGUUUCACAAAGCUGGUAGGGACAUUUUGCACGAUUAUGUUUGCCAAAACUAUUCAUCUUAAAACUUUUCGGGCGCAAACAAACGGACGAAAAAUAAGAGCAACACAAGGACGAGCGCUUCCUCCACACAAGGAAGCGCUCGUCCUUGUGUUGCUCCUAUUCUUCGUCCCUGUUUGUUUGCACCCAAAAAGUUUUAAGGUGAAUCUGCUCAAACUAGGCCGACUCGCAGUUAUGCCAAAACUAUGUUAGCAGUGCUUCUGUUCUGAACUGUACUUGGUAAAGAAGAGGCAGUUAAAUCUUGUCACUUAGGAAAUCAUAAGGUUAGGGCAUAAGUAGAAUGUGGUGCCACUAAAUAAGCAUUAUGCUCACUUCAUUUGGGUACCUGCACUGACUAUCACUUUCGCCUGCCCCUACUCCUUCCGCACGGGGAGCCAUUCAGAGCUAGCUCUGCUUAAUCUCCCUUCCUUUCUAUGCAUCCUUUCUCUCUCUGCACCCAUCAGCUAUGUUUUGGCAUGAGAGUAAUAUGAUCAUAGUAGUGUACUUAAUGCUGCAUAAACUUUCUACUGUUGCUAGCCAAGUUGCUAGAAACCUAGUGCUUGUAAAGAAACAGCAAUGUUAGUCAUUCCUGCUGGCCGGGAGUUGUUUUUUAUCGUCUUUUCACUACUGGUGAAAUGUCUGUUGCUUGUACAUGAGACGUGAUCUUGUUAUUGUUUGUCUCAUGAGUUGUGUUAACAUUAAUUUUGACAAGUAGAGUUUGUUGGAGGAAAAGUAGUGAGCAACGAGUCUGUGUUCAUAUUUUUUGACCAGAGUUUUUGGAAUGUUUCUGAUAUUUAACUUUUUAGGUGUCAGUCUGUGAAAUGCCCUGUAGCUGGAUUUGUAGCUGCCUUGUAGCAUUUGGAAAGCAUGUGGUGAGAUAUACAAUUUUCGAACUUGAAUUGAAUGGUAUAUUGUUACUUUAGACCAUUUGGAAUGUUUUUGAGAUUAUUUUUGGUGCCUUGUUUAUUGGUCUGUGAAAGUCUGCAAAUUGCAGACAUGCUUGCUUUCUGCACAGAGACAAGCUGCAUUUAUUUAAGACAUUGGGACUCGGGGCUUUAUUUUUUCUUUCAUUUUAUUCAUAGCAUCUGGAUUUCUAUGCAAGGGACAAAUUGGUAUUUUACUAAAUGCUAACUGAACUUUGUGGUAGCCUUGCAUCAAAAGAUGAACCUAUUUUAACACAGUGGCUGAAGUGGAAGCAUAAAUAAGGUUGCAGAGUGAACCUAGUAAGUUUUCCGCAAUGAAUAGGUCUCUGAACAGUAGCAGAGUGCUGCUUUAUCAGUGUAGUUAACCAUUCAGAGGCAAGUUGCCUGUGGCACUGUGUUAAUGUAAAGAAAGUUUUGCUUGAAGGAUUAUGUUGUUUGUCUUCUUCACACCUGCACAUGGUACAAAAAUAUUUUGUUUUUUUAUCUCUCCCUGUGUGUUAAAUAAACCAUUCGUCAGUUAGUAGUAUUCA